CAAACGAUGAGGAAGAUACAUUCAUAAUUCACGAUUUGAAGAAAAAUAGUAUGUUAUCAAGAGAGCUUAAAGCUGCUUCAGUAUGGUUGCCAAAAAGACCGACAGAGUGACUACCAAGAGAAAUACCAAGAAGGUUGUGAAAGAUGUUGAAGAGAAGACAGUUAGUGAUAAUGACUGGGGUAUGUCUAAUGAUGGUCAUACCUCUAUUUCUCCUCUCUAUCUACUUACAACUCAGUCUUGAAAUAGACAACCCAGAUAAUAUAGACAUCCCUGAUAAUAUAGACAUCCCUGAUAACAUACUUACACUAGAGGAUGAUAUCUACAACUCUGAACAUAUACAAAAACACACAUAUGUUAACAUGCAGGAACAUUAUACUCAUAGAACCAAACUAUCUGGCCUACAUAUGGCAAAUAUGAAGAAAAUCCAAUCACAAAUAUCGACUGGAUUUUUGCAUACUUUUUCAACAGAACUUGGCUCUAUCGUAAAAAGAUCAGAUCCGGAGGAUGCUGUAAGAUCGUACUUCAUGUCACCUGCCAUCUUGGAAAAUGAUGACGGAACUCAUAUUUUAGUAUCUCGCAGUAGGAAUGUCCCACAAGAUGGCAUACAAAACAAAGCCCCAACUAAUGUCUUAGUAACAAGGCUAUAUUCAUCAGGGUUUAAACCUUUAAACAUGGGCUCAAUUCUAGGUUUGAUAACAUCAGAAAGUGAACGAAAUGGGCCUAGAGAUUCUAGAAUGUUUAGAAUUAGGGAACAUCCAUAUAUAGUGUUUGACAUGCAAAAUUGGAGAGACGAAUCCUUUCACAUGUAUAUGCUCUCAUAUACUACAGGAGAACUCAUCAAAUUUCGAAUGUACUCAGAAAACAAAACCAUGAUUCCAAUGAAAAAGACUGAGAAAAACUGGUGCCCUUUGGUAAGCAAUGACACUUUGUAUUUUGUUUAUGAUUUCGAUCCUUUAAUAAUCCUAGAAUGUAGCCCAGAUCUAGGAAGAUGCCUAAUUGCUCAAAAGGGAAAUGAAACUCUUAAUACUCAGACCGCUCCUUCUAGCCUUAGAGGAGGAACGCCAUUUGAGUUAUAUAAGUGGCCUUAUUAUGUGAGCCUAGCCCACUCUACAACAUAUUGCUACAAGAAACGACUCUACGGCAUUCACAUUGUUAUAAUCAGUGUACACCCUCAAUUCAGAAUUGUCUAUGUGAGCACAAAUAUACAAUUCCACCCACAUAUUAACAGAAAGCGCCCAGUAUUUCCAACAACGAUUUCAUCAUUUAUCUUCCCAACCACAUUAUUGUUACGACAGGAGGAUAUCGCUGAUAUGGGGGGUCAUUUAAAUGAUAUCGAUGCCAUGUUGUUUAGAAUUCGGGGAUUUAAAAGCUUGCUAGAGCAAGUAAUUGAAAUCGAUAAGAGUGUGACAACUAAGAAACAACCCAAAGAAGGUAUUAUACAGGAAUUCAUUCAGUUAGUUCAACGUAAGGAAUGUAACAACGCGUUACUUAAUUUGGACAAGAGGAAUAUAUGCAAAGGGUGUUACUUUUAAAUUAUAUUCUUAAGGUGAAUUUUCACAUUUAUGAUCAGCUGAAGUUCGCAAGACACUUUUAUUUUCAAUUUAAAUGUUCUUAACUACACAUGUUAUAUUACUUAUGGAAAGACUGACAGGGAUUACAAUAUCGCAAGUGCCCCUAACGGGAAAUGUGGAACAAGUAGAGAACCCACUAUUUCACUGUACAAACAACUCGAUAUAUGAAAGCUACCGACGACCAUCGUUUCCAAUAUACAGACAUUGAUUAUGAGACCAAUACCUUUCAACAAUAUCGGAAGGAAUUUUAGUUGCCUUGGAGUUUGUUAGCACUUCGUUUAAAAUGUCUAAAAUAGACAACAAAAUGGCUGCUAAUUGGUGUAUUGUUGACUUAAUAAUGUAAGCAAUACUCAUAUCUUAUCUGCUAUUAAUUUACUUUUAUUUCAGCCAUUUUCGCUGAAUUAUUUAUCACUAAUAGUACGAAGCUUGUAAAUGAACC